AUGCCUGCAACACCAACGCGUUCAGUUCAGCGUGGUGGUGGUGCGCGUCAGAGGCAAGGGUCCUCUCUCCAUACGCAAUCAGGGCCUUCCACAACUGUAAUGGCGGCCGCAACGGGCGGAGCAUCAGGUCCUCCCGCCAAAGGAGGAAGAGCAGCGAACGCCAACGAUGCGGCAGCCAUUCCUUUCGUCCAUCCAGCACUUUCCCUGUCUUCUGGAGUGAUGCCAAACUCAUCAUCCGCAUCAGGCUUACCUCCAGCAGCUGCAGCACAGGCUCGGGGGCGACGCCCAUUCAAUCACCGCAAUCUGUUCGCACGAGACCUGCGCAACCUGAUGUACGCGUACGGAGACUCGCCCAACCCAGAUCCAGACUCGGUGAUGCUGAUGGAAGAGAUGACGGUCGACUUCAUCACCGAUCUCUGCUGUCGCGCACGACCCAGCCCAUAUGCACUUGGACUUGGUACAAGCUCGAUCUCGAACAGUUCCAGCGCGUUCGGCGCCACACUCGAGCAGUUAGCCGCCUCGCAAGACCCCAAUGCACUAGUCAACGGCAUAGAUGUGGUACCAAACACUCUACCGCCAAGAGCGCCUCAUCGUUUGCGAGUCAAGCUCGAAGACUUCCGCCACGCACUUCGCAAAGACGUCGAGGCAAAGAAGCUCGGUCGUAUGGAACAGCUCUUGUAUGCCGACAAGGUCGUCACAGAAGCAAGAAGGGUUGGUGGUGUUGAAGAAGCAGCUGAGCGCGCUGGUGCUAUGCAGACCGACAACUUGCCCCCACCAACAUCCAAUGCGGACGGCCCAGCAGGUGAUGCCAACUUGGAAAACUUAGACGGCGAGGAUGACGAUGACGUUCAGGGCGCCAAGGCUGGCAAGUCUGGCAAGGGCAAGGGGAAAGGUGGUGGAGGAAGCAAGGGCGGUGCUAAGGGCAAAGGAAAGCCAAAGGGCGGUGCGGCGGCUGCAUCGCGAGCUGGAUCCGCAAGAUCUUCUGUUCAGCCACCCUAG